AUAUAAUAAUAUUUUAUGUUGGUAUCAGUGAAAAAAGAUUAUCCUCAUAAGUAUGGCUCAGAGGGCGGCUGCGCUGACCACUCGGUGUUUGAGAGGAUGAAGAAGUACCAGGCAUCUGCAACAGAGGAGCCGGUCAAAGGGGUGAACAGUGUGCUAGAGGAGGAGAGCUCCUAUGGUCCUGUUAUUCUGAGGAGAAAGAGGGCAGCAGCAAAAGAGAAAAACACCUGCCAGCUCUUCAUCCAAACUGACCACCUCUUCUUCAAAUACUAUGGCACAAGAGAGGCUGUCAUUGCCCAGAUCUCCAGCCACGUAAAGGCCAUUGACUCAGUUUACCAGGCCACAGACUUCAUGGGCAUCCGAAACAUCAGCUUCAUGGUUAAAAGGAUAAGGAUAAAUACUACCAUCGAUGAAAAGGACAAAACCAAUCCUUUUCGCUUUGCCAACAUUGGAGUGGAGAAGUUUUUGGAGCUUAACUCUGAACAGAACCAUGACGACUACUGCCUAGCCUAUGUCUUCACCGAUCGGGACUUUGAUGAUGGGGUGCUUGGCUUGGCUUGGGUUGGGGCUCCUUCAGGAAGCUCUGGGGGCAUCUGUGAGAGGAGCAAAAUGUACUCUGACGGGAAGAAGAAGUCUCUGAACACUGGCAUCAUUACUGUGCAGAACUAUGCCUCCCAUGUCCCUCCCAAGGUGUCACACAUCACCUUCGCUCAUGAGGUUGGGCACAACUUUGGCUCACCUCAUGACUCUGGGAUCGAAUGCACCCCUGGAGAGUCCAAGUUGCAGGACAAAAAGGAGCAGGGCAACUACAUAAUGUACGCCAGAGCCACAUCAGGGGACAAGCUCAACAAUAACAAGUUCUCUAUCUGCAGCAUCCGUAAUAUAAGCGCUGUUCUGACGAAAAAGAGAAACGACUGUUUUGUUGAGUCUGGCCAGCCUAUCUGUGGUAAUGGACUAGUGGAAAUUGGAGAAGAGUGUGACUGCGGCUACAGUGAUCAGUGUAAAGACCCAUGCUGCUAUAACGCCAAUGAAGCAGAGGGCAAAAAGUGCAAACUCCAGCCUGGAAAAGUCUGCAGUCCAAGCCAAGGCCCAUGUUGCACACCAGAGUGUUCUUUCAAGGGCACAAAUGAGAGGUGCAGACUCGAGUCUGAGUGUGCCCAAGAAGGCACAUGCAAUGGAGCCACUGCUCUGUGUCCUGCCUCAGAACCAAAGGCCAACUUCACCUCUUGCCAUUCAGAAACGCAAGUCUGCCUCAAUGGGGUAUGCUCUGGUUCCAUUUGUGAGAAGUAUGGUCUGGAGGUAUGCACCUGUGCCAGCCAAGAUGAGAAGAAUGAGGCGGCUGAGCUGUGCCACGUGUGCUGCAUGGAGAAAAUGAAACCCAGCACCUGCAGCAGCUCAGGCUCAGACAAAUGGGCCAACUUCUUCAACAAGAAGGUCACAACGCUGCAGCCCGGCUCACCCUGCAAUGACUUUAAGGGCUACUGCGACGUGUUUAUGAGGUGCCGUCUGGUGGAUGCCGACGGGCCUCUGGCAAGGCUUAAGAAAGCCAUCUUCAAUGCAGAGCUCUAUGAGAAUAUUGCACAGUGGAUAGUGGGUUACUGGUGGGCAGUGCUGUUGAUGGGCAUCGCACUUAUUAUGCUAAUGGCUGGCUUCAUCAAGAUCUGCAGUGUCCACACCCCCAGCAGCAACCCCAAACUGCCCCCACCAAAGCCACUGCCAGGUACGCUGAAAAGGAGACGACAGCAGCAAGCCAAUCAACAGCUUCAGGGCCAGCGCGCACCCCGUCAGCAAAGAGAGAACUAUCAAAUGGGACAGAUGAGACGCUGAGACACUGGUCUGCUCUUUGCCUUGGUUCCCUAGUGCCUACAAUGGGAGCACUUCACUCCAAAGAGUUACCUUUACCACAUAUUGCAAAAUUCAAAGAACUUGCAACAGGAUCGAUUUCACUGGACAAAGCCUGAGGUUUGUUUAAUUUUGGGCCUAACAAACUCACUCAGCACCUCUGCUCUGAGAGCCAGAUUAGCAGUGGUUCACACAGCUUUUAUAGGAAAUAAAUAACUUUUCCAAGGAGGGACAGGAGAAGAAAUUCAUUGAUCUCUGUUUAUGUGGUUUUAAUCGCCCCCCCUCCCCCCCUCCCAUGAAUGCUUUUUUUAAUUUUUUUUUUAACCAGAAUGGCAGAGAGAGAAGCAGCUUUGUGUUAGAUGCCUUCCUCUGCCUUCCCUCUGUGCUACAUUUGUCUUUCCUGUUCUUCCUCUCUGAAGUGCUGCCAUCAUCAGCACAAUAGCAGCACUGCAAGUUACUUGCUGCCAAUGAAAAACAGAGUUGAGUUGGAGGAAAACUUUUUUUGUUGUUUUUAAAGCAAAGCACCAUCAAAUGUUGAAGCUUUUUAUUUCUAUAGUGUACAUGUUCUUUCAGUAUGCAAUUGUACAUAUGCUCCAAUAGGUUUCUUUUUCUUUGUUUCAAAUUACAUUUUCUGUAUGAUUAAGAUUAUUUUCUGUUUUGAUUCACUUUCUCAGGAUUAAUAAAAUGACAACAAACAAAGUAUAGUGAGCGGAAAACAUGGUUGCAUGAGUAUUUCAGGGUAAAGUCCCUCCUGGCUAAAGGCUGUACAGAAAGGUUCACGUUAGCUGCAGUGGGAAGUAGAGGAAGGGUUGUAUGAAGAAAUGAAUAUAGAUAAAUGAGAAUAAAUAAGAUUAUAGUGUCAUCUCUUAUCAGAUGGACGGCUGCGGAGGGGAGAUUGAUUAUCUUGUUAUGUCUAUUUCCUUUUGUGAAAUGCUUUUGCAGCUGCAUUUACAUAAAGUUAUAGUUUGGGGCUUAAAUAAGUGGUGAGAGAAUAGCUUUUUAUCAACCUGAUUGUAUCACACUUUUAUUCUGUCAUUUCCUCUGACUCGUUGCUUUGGCACUGAUUUGUGACGCAUUUGCAAAACAACCACUUUGUGCUAAAGAUGCACGUGUGUCUUUACAUUCGGGGUGAAAAUAGUGAAAGCAAAGAGGAGACAGUUCAAAAAAAACUCUGCGGACAAAGAAGAAUAUAUAAGAAGUUAUUAUUGAAAGUGUCUUUGUGUGAUUUAUCUGCCACUUGCUGUGUUCUGUCCACCUUUUGAAUUUCACUCUGGCAGUUAUUUAAGAAAUGACAAAGUUGGAUCCUCUGGGCCUCUGUAGCCAGAUGAACCUCUAUGGUUUAAAUGUGAUUGUGGAUUUAGCUUUUAUUGAUUUCACUUGCAGUUCAGAUUAUUUGUAUAUGUGGAGCAAUUGAAUCAGUUGAGGAAAACUAGAGCUUCUAAUGUUUAUUGUUGCUUUGUUGCUGCUGUUAACAGACAUUCACCAGAGCAAACAAUCACUGUGUGUCAGCCACCCGCCGCUGUUCUGUCCUUUCUUUUCCUACCAGGAUUUUCUCAAGGAACUUUGUUACCCUUGUUACAUCCUGUUGGUUUGUGUGAUUGCUUUAAAAAUGUGCCUACUCAGAGCAGUAUGACUGAAGUUGGUGUACUAGUGUCAGUGAUCUUCACCAAGGCUGAAACCAUGCAUGAGGUGGCAGUUUAUCCAAGCAGAGUGUUAUCAGACUGCUGUUGCAAAAAGAUAUAAUAAUUAUAGGAAAUGUAAGUCAUGAUUGAUAUACAACUAUAUCGGCCAAUGAGUGAACUUUUUCGUAUUAUAGUCCACAAUUUUUUCUGAUUUUUGAAGAGAUUAUAAUUAGUAUUUACUUUGUUUAAUAGCAUAUUGUUGCCUGCCUCUCAAGCCUUUGGUUUGACUUGAGUUUUCAGUUGUCUCCAGUCAGAUUGAAUUUAGGUCAUCUUCACUGACGGUGCAUAAUACUCUGACUUGAGUGACUAGCAGAACAUAAAAAUAGAUAUGUAUAGUUUCUUAAAAUUAUUUUAGGAGGGAACAACUUAGCGGAGAAAAGACGUACUUUUUUCUUACCCUUGCAAAAGAGCUGCAUCUCAGAAUUGCUUUCUGUGCAAAGGAUGUUGCGAUGCUGCGUUAUCGAUCAGAUAGAUUCUAUGCAGAGUGUCACAGAGCUCAACAGUGAACAAGUUAGCCUCUUCACAGAAAUAUGCCUUCAAUUCUUCCUCCUAAAUGCAUACAUGGAAAAGUCUGUUGUGUUUUCAUAGCAAAAUAGUUGUUCAUGUUGAUGUGCUACAGCAAAUUUUCUGAACAAACAAAAAAUACAAUCCUCUGUGGCUUCUUAUUGAUUUUCUUUGUUUUUUUGGUGCUACUGGUAGUGCUUUUUUCUUGGGUCGGAGCUUAAACAAUAUUUUUCAUUCUCUUUGGCAAAUUUUAAAGCUUUUUAGUGUGUUUGCAGGCUGCUUUGCUGAAUCAUCCUCAUCUUUUUUAUUGAUACAUUAAGAUGUGGACAAUACUGGGUGUUGGGGGAUAUGGGGAAUAAUACUCUCUGGGAAAUGUUUCUGUCUUUCACAUGUGUUGCUAAGAUGUUGAGAAAAUGUGCGCUGAAGUGUAAGUGAUGUGAACAGAGAAUCCAAAAUGGAAUAGAUUCAAUACUACUGUCUGAUUUUAAUGUUUCCCGUGUUUUAUACAUUGUCUUCAUUGGUCUUCUUGUUAUUUACAUUUGUCCUGUUUCCCAUUCCGCUUACUUUGAAAAUUUUACUAAAUUUGCAAAGGUAUUGUGCAAAAAUAUAAUUUCUUUUGAACUACUUGAAAUGCGAUAAUAAACCAGAAAUGAGCAAAA